UUUACCCUGCCAACUGUACACGCAGGUGCGACAUUAUUUCCCACCCUCAUUAGGCUUUUCCGGUAUCUAGUAUAGGAUCUGGGUGUGAACUAUCUUGACAGUCAAAAUACGACAUCUUUGAGCUUAUCUCAAAUAUUAUAAAGCACAAGGCGAACAAUCACAAGUGCAUCCUUACGAGUGAAGCUUCCUGUGUCUUGAGGAAAGGGAAAAAGGAACAGUCACUUCAAGAAUGGCAUCGAAAUUUUACGACCUGACCGCCAAGCUCCUGACAGGAGAGGCGUUUAAUUUCUCUGCCCUGCAGGGAAAAGUUGUCCUUAUCGAGAAUGUGGCGUCUCUAUGAGGCACGACUGUCAGGGAUUACACCCAGAUGAACGAGCUCCAUGAGCGGUACGCCAGCAAGGGGCUUGUGGUUCUGGGAGUGCCCUGCAACCAGUUCGGUCAUCAGGAGAACUGUAAGAAUGAAGAGAUCCUCUUGUCCUUGAAGUACGUCCGUCCUGGAAAUGGCUUCGAACCCAAGUUUCAGUUGCUUGAGAAAGUGGAUGUUAACGGGAAGGACACACAUCCCCUGUUUGUGUACCUCAAGGAGAAACUCCCAUUCCCCAGCGAUGAGCCCUCUGCCCUCAUGAACGACCCCAAGUGCAUCAUCUGGAGCCCGGUCUGCAGGAACGAUGUGGCCUGGAACUUCGAGAAGUUCCUCAUCGGCCCGGAUGGUGUGCCGUUCAAGCGCUACAGCAGAAGGUUCUUGACCAGCAACAUCGAGGGAGACAUCAAGAAGCUCCUCAACCUUGCAAACUAAACCGUCCUCCGAAUGUUGUUCACACGUCCUACAGUUUCCACUUGCACUAGGCUUUCUCAGCACUGCACCUUUUGUGUUUAAAAACAUCCUGACAAGUUCAUUAUGGUCAACAAUUUGGAGCAUUUUUCCAGUCUGCCUGUGUAGGAUUUGUGUGUUUGACAUGUUUUGGACUCACCUGUGCUUUCCUGCGCAAAAUGCCUGCGUUCUGAACUUUUACUUAAUGAAGGGACCCCCUGAAACCAAGCCUUUGUGAGGGGGGUAUCUGAUGAAAUGUAAAAUGCUGAACUUCUCAGUAGCAUUGGGCUCAUGUAAAGCACAGUUGUGGUUUGAUGUAUUAGGUGAACCAAUAAAUGUCUAUUUCUGCUAAAA